UUAAACAUCACUAACUUAAUUUCCAUGGAUUCAGCUAUGAAAUUUGUCAUGGAAUUCCUCCGCAACCCGCCUCCGCCGUCGACUUGGUUCCACGCCUACGCUUCCUUAUCCGGAUCAAUCACGAUUCUCCAAUCAACACCCAACCCUAUUCCCGCACCCAUCCGAAACUUCCUCUGGUCCAAAAUACAACAAUAUUUCUUCUGCUACCACAGCCGCUCCAUUUCCGUUAUCACCGUCGAAGAGUCCUGGGGUGCCGAGCUCAACCUCCUCUACUCCGCUGCCAAAGUUUACUUACCCAUCAAGAUCUCCCCUGCAAGCUUAGCUCGACGUGUUGAUGAUGCUGCGGCCAUGAUGAGGGGUUGCAGCCUUGAGGGAAUGGGAAUGUUGAUGGGAAAUGCCAAGGUUGUUUUGUUUUUGAUCAUUGAAAUGAUGGUGGCGGGGGAAUGGGGGCAGAUGGCACCAAGCUACCGCAGCCGCUCCGUUGCCGUCAUCACCGUCGAAGAGUCCUGGGGUGCCGAACGCAACCUCCUCUACUCCGCCGCCGAAGUUUACCUACCCACCAGGAUCUCCCCUGCAAGCUCAAUUGGUGUCAAAAUGGGAAAAAUACGCUCCCAGAAGAACAUCUCCGUUGCCUUAGCCGAAGGCGAAGAGAUCGUGGACACCUUCAACAAUGUCAAAGUUACUUGGCGUUAUGUUUGUACUCAGCAAACUGAACAAACCAGAACUUAUAUUCGUGUCAACUCUUAUUCUUCAGGGGAGAGGCAUUUUGAGUUAUCUUUUGAUUCCGAACACAGAGAAGAAAUCGCCUCUGCUUAUUUACAACAUGUCAUGACCACAGCGGCGUUAUUGGAGCAAGGAGAUAAGGAGUUGAAGAUAAUUAGUUGCAAUUACUAUGAUUUAAUGGAUGGUGACUCCCAAAGUAACUCCACUUCUUUGCAACAUCCUGCUUCUUUUGACACCAUCGCCUUGGACCCUGUCCUGAAACAGAGCAUCAUUGAUGAUUUGGAUCGGUUCUUGGCAAGAAGAGACUAUUACAAGAGGAUUGGGAAGGCUUGGAAGAGAGGGUAUUUGUUGUAUGGUCCUCCGGGAACCGGGAAAUCAAGUCUGGUUGUGGCCAUGGCUAAGCAUCUGAAAUAUGAUGUGUAUGAGUUGGAUCUUGGCAGUAUUUAUGGCAAUUCACGGCUGAGGAAUGUUUUCCUAGGCAUUCCUAGCAAAUCUAUCAUUGUGAUUGAGGAUGUCGACUGCUAUGAAAAGGCCCAACGUCGAUCCAACACAAAAGAUGACAACUCUCUUAAAUUGCGUUUCCUUAAAAAUAAGCUUUCGGGUCUACUGAACGCCACAGACGGGCUCUGGUCGGGCUGUGGGCAGGAGAGGAUCAUCAUAUUCACCACCAAUCACAAGGACAAGAUUGACCCUGCAUUGCUUCCUAUGAAAUCGGUCUUGGAAUUCCUCCGCAACCCUCCUCCGCCUUCCACUUGGUUCAACGCCUACGCUUCCUUAUCCGGAUCAAUCAUGAUUCUCCAAUCAAUACCCAACCCUAUUCCCCCACCCAUCCGAGUCUUCCUCUGGUCCAAAAUACAAAAAUAUUUCUUCAGCUACCGCAGCCGCUCCGUUGCCGUCAUCACCGUCGAAGAGUCCUGGGGUGCCGAACGCAACCUCCUCUACUCCGCCGCCGAAGUUUACCUACCCACCAGGAUCUCCCCUGCAAGCUCAAUUGGUGUCAAAAUGGGAAAAAUACGCUCCCAGAAGAACAUCUCCGUUGCCUUAGCCGAAGGCGAAGAGAUCGUGGACACCUUCAACAAUGUCAAAGUUACUUGGCGUUAUGUUUGUACUCAGCAAACUGAACAAACCAGAACUUAUAUUCGUGUCAACUCUUAUUCUUCAGGGGAGAGGCAUUUUGAGUUAUCUUUUGAUUCCGAACACAGAGAAGAAAUCGCCUCUGCUUAUUUACAACAUGUCAUGACCACAGCGGCGUUAUUGGAGCAAGGAGAUAAGGAGUUGAAGAUAAUUAGUUGCAAUUACUAUGAUUUAAUGGGUGGUUACUCCCAAAGUAACUCCACUUCUUUGCAACAUCCUGCUUCUUUUGACACCAUCGCCUUGGACCCUGUCCUGAAACAGAGCAUCAUUGAUGAUUUGGAUCGGUUCUUGGCAAGGAGAGACUAUUACAAGAGGAUUGGGAAGGCUUGGAAGAGAGGGUAUUUGUUGUAUGGUCCUCCGGGAACCGGGAAAUCAAGUCUGGUUGUGGCCAUGGCUAAGCAUCUGAAAUAUGAUGUGUAUGAGUUGGAUCUUAGCAGUAUUUAUGGCAAUUCACAGCUGAGGAAUGUUUUCCUACGCAUACCUAGCAAAUCUAUCAUCGUGAUUGAGGAUGUCGACUGCUAUGAAAAGGCCCAACGUCGAUCCAACACAGAAGAUGACAACCCUCUUGAACUUUUCCAUAAAAAUAAGCUUUCGGGUCUACUGAACGCCACAGACGGGCUCUGGUCGGGCUGUGGGCAGGAGAGGAUCAUCAUAUUCACCACCAAUCACAAGGACAAGAUUGACCCUGCAUUGCUUCGUCCUGGCCGGAUGGAUAUGCAUAUCGAGUUGUCCUACCUAAAACCGUCGGCUUUUCCGGUGCUGGCCUACAACUACCUUGGUCUCCGUGACGGCGAUCACCCUCUUCUUGAAGAAAUCCAGAACUUGUUGGAGUACACAGAGGUGACUCCUGCUUCUGUUGCGGAAGCAUUGUUGAGGAGCGAGGAUGUAAAUGUCGCCCUUGGAGGAGUUGUUGAAUUACUUAAGCAGAAGAAGACGGCGGAGGUCAACGACGGGGAAGACGACGGCGAAGACGAAGACGAUGGCGACGACGAAGACGAUGAUGCAGCAGCAAAGAAGAGAAAAUAAUCUGAAACUAUUGAAAUGUUUUCCUGAUUUUUUUUUCUUUCUGGUGGGAUAUUAAUUUAUGUAUAUUACCAAUGGAAGAUGAAUUUUAAUAUUUUCUCUGCAAAUUUGCGUUCUCUUCUUCUUCUUUACUUCCGAACGUCGCUUUCGGGCCGAAAUAAAUUACCGGCCCCUGU